GCUGUCUUGUCGCGUUGCUGGUUUGUUUGAAGGCAAGCAGUUUGCUUGAUACGACGGAUUUCGCCGUCAGCUAUUCGAACUAGUACUUGGAGAUUACCAAAGAAUUUCCUAGAAGAAAUGGCAAUUUCUUGGCUCGUUGUACUUGUUGUUUGUGCAACGUCGAUUGCCAUUCAAGACCGUCCUACAACAACCUCGGAAUUUUCGAAGAAGCCUCAGGUCGUGUGUGCAUUGAACGAAUGUUUGGUCGACGGUCGACAAUGUUUUCCGGCUCGCGUCUGCUCGCAAAUUGAGAGAUGCGUGAGUGAUGGUCUCCCUGCUGAUGUCUGUCAGAAGAGGUUUGCUCCAAUGAGCGGUGAUCCUGAAGCUGCGGUGCCGUCGUUCUCUCCCAGCGAUGCUGUAAAGCCAUCUGCUCGUUCUGAUAAUGUUCUUGGAGUGACAAACGUUAGAGAAGACGGAAAAGAGGAUUUGAAGUAUCUUGUUAAGAGUGCUGAUGGAUUUAGUGGGAAACUUGACAAGAAAAAUGACAAACAUGGCAAUGAAGGACAUGAACAUAAAGAACUGAAGGGCGAAGAACAUGGAAAUGAACGAUUCGAGUAUGACAAUGAAAAAGUCAGCAAUGAAGAUCACAAGAAAGAUGGACUUAUGGGCAAGCAACAUGAAAGCGACAAGGAAAUCCAAAAGAAUGGAAGACAGCAAGACACAAAACAUGGAGAUGAGAGACACGGGAACAUCAAUGGACAUAGCAAAGGAGACGGUGAGUCUGAAGAACAGACUAUUAAAAGUCAAGAAGAAGAAAAAAGACAAGGGGAAGAACACAAAGACAACAGUGACAAUGAAGAAGACGAGAAAAGACAUGAAUACAGAGGACAUGAGCAUAGCACACUUACAACAGAACGCAAAGAGCACAUUCAGGAGCAUCCAACUGUCAAGUACAAUUUUUCUGCAUUGGAAUCAGGCUCUAUCAUUCGAAGAAUCUUACGACCUAUCAGGAUAAUUGUCAUUCGAUUUCAUCAACAUUUUAUUAAGAAAAGGCGUGCUGCUGACAAGCAAGAGGAAGAGCAUUUACAUUCUACUGUUGACAAAAUCAAACGUUCUGUGGAGCAACACGAUGUGGAAAAUGAAAGAAAUGUUGAUAAGGAAGAGGAAAAACUGACACUAGGCGACAAGAGUGCUGAGCAAUAUCAACCUGACAUUCAGAAAGCAAUGAGUUCUGUUGAGGAACAGCACAAUGUAAUGGUCAAACGUGCUAAAGAUAUCCCAGCAGAAGACAGUGAGAAAGAUGAGGGAUCAUUCUCUACUGUGGAAGAUCUAGAGAGGGAUAACGACAUAAUUGACUCAGAAAUUGAUAAAGUUGAAAGUAAAUCAUUGGACAGUUCAGUGAUCAAGAACUUACUGUCUGAUGUUGAUCAGACCAAUGACUCUGCUGACAGCAAUGCUUUGGAAGCAACCAGUGAUGUGGAUGACUCUGCUGACAGCAAUGCUUUGGAAGCAACCAGUGAUGUGGAUGACUCUGCUGACAGCAAUGCUUUAGAAGCAACCAGUGAUGUGGAUGACGAGAAAGAUUCAUCUGAAGAUGAUGAUGAUGAUGAUGAAGAAGAGGAUGCAGUGAAGUCACGUAAGAAACGAAGAAGUCGAGGUAGGAAGGUUCGUAAGAAGGUCUAUAGGCGUCGUCGUCCUAAACAUAAAAAGGUACUAAAAAAGUCUCACAAGAAGGCUGCAGCAAAGAAAGCUGCAGCGAGGAAAGCUGCAGCAAGGAAAGCUGCAGCGAGGAAAGCUGCAGCGAGGAAAGCUGCAGCGAGGAAAGCUGCAGCGAGGAAAGCUGCAGCGAGGAAAGCUGCAGCGAGGAAGGCUGCAAUGAAGAAAGGUACCAGGAAGUUUGGAAAGAAGGCUGCAGUGAAGAAAGGUGCCAGGAAGUUUGGAAGGAAAUCUGUAGGGAAAAUUGGAAAGAAAACGUUUCUCAAUGGUGUGAAGCAGGUGAAAAAUAUAUUGGCAAAUAGGAGCCCAAUCACAAAGCAGCAUGCAAUGUCAUCUGUUAUGUGUCAAAACAAGAAGGCUCCAAAACCUAACCUGGCAAUAAAAUCAAAGAGAAAAGGGCCUAAGAAGAAUUGGAGAGUUAAACCCAAUUCUCAUGCAAAGUCUAAAGGAAAGAUUCACAAAUCUGCAGUUGUUGAUGCAUUCAAAUCAGCGAAAGAUAGAAUGAUCAAGAAGGCAAAGGAAUUCCAAGCUAAAGUCAAUCCUAAAGGAAAGUUUCAUAAUCUUCUCAAAUCUAUCAGAUCACGGAAAGACAAAAUGGAGAAGAUAAAGAAUGGUUGCAAGAGUGCAGGUUGCAAAGGUGCCACUGAAGGUACCCUCCGUAAAGUUCAAAACAUUCUUGGCAAAAUUUUUAAAAAGUUGGGUGUAGCAAGAGUACCUCGAUCUGUGGUGGAGAGAGUGGCAUCUAAGGUGGCAGCCAUUAACACCAAACAAUGAUUGGAUUGUUGGCAUCUUACAUGUGUACAGCUGCGUCUUCAUCGUUAUCUUCAAUCAAUUGACGACCCAAACUGACUGUUGCAUUAAAAAACUUUAAAAAAAUUACAAAAGUUUAAAAAAUUAUAAAAAAGCAAAACUUGAAACAUUAUUACUACGUGUAAUGGCCAUUACGGUAACAUCUGUACAUCUGUAUGAUACAGUAUAUGUAGAGUAUUCA